CUAGGGACGACAUUGACAUCGUCUUACAAUUAUGGCUGGCGUUGCUGUUGUGAACGCCCUCGUGGCAUCGUUGUGUCUGUUCUCAGGCGCUUCGGCAUGGCCAUUUGGAAAGAGACAGACCUUGUCCAUCGAGGACAUUCAAAAGCAGGCGCUCGCCAAUGCGUACAAGGUCCUCGAUGGGACUAUCUCCGAUGGCAUGACCCGCUCCGGAUGCACGAAAGCCAAUGUUGCCGUAAGGAAGGAAUAUGGUGAUUUGACCAAGGAUGAGCGAACUGAAUAUAUUCGAGCGGUGAAAUGUAUUCUGCAGAAACCAAGCAAGCUUCCUGCUGGAAAAUACCCCGGAGCAAAGUCUCGAUAUGAUGACUUUGUGGUUGUCCACAUGAAUAUGACACCAUCAGUCCACUCCACUGCGAACUUCAUGCACUGGCAUCGCUACUACAUCUGGGCGUACGAGACUGCGCUGCGCACGGAAUGUGACUACAAGGGAUACCAACCAUACUGGAACUGGGGAAAGUACGCCGACCUUACCACAUCACCGAUUUUCAAUGGUGACGAAUGGAGUCUGGGCGGUAAUGGCAAGUCUGUACCCCACAAAGGAGGCUUCAUCGGUCGUCAAGUUCCUGCUGGACCAGGAGGCGGCUGUGUGGAGACGGGUCCUUUCGCAAAUUUGACAAUCCACCUCGGCCCCCUAUCACCCACCAUGGACCCGGCCCUCAAGAUCCCAAGCAACCCGCAACGUGACGGCUACGGCGACAAUCCGCGCUGCCUCAGGCGCGAUGUCAACAACUACUUCGUCGGCAACUCGCUCAAGCCAGCCAACCUCGCCUCGCACAUCACGUCCAACUCAGCCAUCGGCAAGUUCCAGGACACCCUGCAGAAUGAUACUCCACAGAUGUCAGCCAUCCACUCCUCUGGCCACUUCUCCAUCUGGGGAGACCCCGGAGGUGACGUCUACGUCAGCCCUGCCGAGCCUGGGUUCUGGCUGCAUCACGGACAGCUCGACAGGCACUGGUGGAUGUGGGCAAAUUACCUGGAGAAGGACCUCAAGACUAGGGCUAGUCAAUAUGAAGGUGGAACAAACUGGAUGAACCCCAACAGCGCAAAAGGAAAGCCCACAGACGCACAAUGGCUCGACGUCGUGGCGCCCACAGGCAAGAACGGCAUAGCCAGCAACCAAAUGUUCUCCACCACAGCUGGUCCGUUCUGCUACGUCUACGAGUAGAGGUAUUGGUCUCUUUUAUGCAUCACCUAUGAGCACAGGUGCAUCCAUCGUAUUCUAUCAACAUACCCAAGAAGCUGGGUAUUCGAAACCUGCUUCACAAACGAAAAUUGGAACUUUAUAUUUACAUAUUCACCUAGACGUGCUUACCGCGUUGCUAUAUAUUUGCAUCUAUGUACUCCACCUUCCCCUCCUCCCCGUUGCGAAAUAGACAAAAGUGCCGUCACAAACGACGACGACUACUCAUCCUCAUUCACUGAACAGUUAAAACAGAAUAGACAUUGGUCAUUCAAACCAUCUGCCGUGAAACCCUCGAACUCUUCCUUCCCAACCUCCCCCCUGCUCCUCGCUUCCCUCCCUCAAUCUAUCGAUCUAUCUAUCUUACAUGCACGCGCGCACGCAACACAACGCACCCCAUCUAACCUAAGCCACCAUCCCGACCGGAUCUGCCGAAUGGCCUUGAUACUUCUCUAUUCUUCACCGCCGUGUGAAUCG